AUGUCAAACCUCAACACUGAAGCGCUUGCCAACGCUGCCCCUGGAGGUGGUAGCGGAGAGUUCAGCGCACGCGUUCCUCGUGAAGGACCUGCCACCACUGAAGGCCACCAAACCGGCCGUCUCGUCGGCAACGACAGCAAGCCCGAAUUCCACGCCCAGACUCUCCCAGCCGGCACAGCUCCAGCCGAUAGAACAUUCCGGCCCAACGCUGGCGUCGACACUGCCCCAGGCUCUAACAAUCUCGACCAGACCGAGUCAGUCGGCAGUGAGACUAAGGCAUCAGAUACUCUCGUCGGGGCGACCUCAGCCGAUGUCCACAUUGGCCUAGGAAAACCCGUCCAAGGCCAAUCGAGCGUCGAGAUCCGACACGAUGGUCACAAACACCGCAAGAACGAUGGUCACUCGCUUGAGGGAACCGGUGCGUCGGCGAGCCAGACAGGGAUCAACGAACGCGACCCUGUUUUCGCGGGUCAGCGUGCCUUGGAAAGAGAUGACGCACAGGUCGGCAAGAAGGAAGCGGGCUCGACUGAUGCUCAGAAUCGGUUACCGGAGACUGCCGAGACGGUCGCUGCUGAGAACAAAUAA